UUGCAACCAGAACCAGUAUUGGGGUGUUUUCGCUUGAGCCGUACGAGACGAAAUUCUCAUAUACGGUUCUUAGAGGGGGAGUCCCUUCGCCUUCGGUUCACCUAUCUCAAUAAAGUAUAUGAUUGGUUCGAGGAGCGUCUCGAGAUUCAAGCGAUUGCAGAUGAUAUAACUAGUAAAUAUGUUCCUCCUCAUGUCAAUAUAUUUCAUUGUCUAGGAGGGAUCACACUUACUUGCUUUUUAGUACAAGUAGCUACGGGUUUUGCUAUGACUUUUUACUAUCGCCCGACCGUCACAGAAGCUUUUGCCUCUGUUCAAUACAUAAUGACUGAAGCCAACUUCGGUUGGUUAAUCCGAUCAGUUCAUCGAUGGUCAGCAAGUAUGAUGGUUCUAAUGAUGAUCCUGCACGUAUUUCGUGUUUAUCUCACAGGUGGUUUUAAGAAACCACGUGAAUUGACUUGGGUUACGGGUGUAGUUCUGGCUGUGUUGACUGCAUCCUUUGGGGUAACUGGUUAUUCUUUACCUUGGGACCAAAUUGGGUAUUGGGCAGUCAAAAUUGUAACUGGUGUACCUGAGGCUAUCCCUAUAGUGGGAUCGCCCUUGGUAGAGUUAUUACGCGGAAGUGCUAGCGUGGGUCAAUCCACUUUGACCCGCUUUUAUAGUUUACACACUUUUGUAUUACCUCUUCUUACCGCCGUAUUUAUGUUAAUGCACUUUUCAAUGAUACGUAAGCAAGGUAUUUCAGGUCCUUUAUAG